AUGUCUGUCGAGCAAUCUCAUUCUUCAACCCCUCAAUACUGCAUCACUGCAGCAGCAGUCCUUCUUGCAUACUACCUCGUUCCGUAUUUUAGAGACCCACAUAAUUACCGCCGCAGGUUCCCUGGUCCUUUAUCUGCAUCAUUUAGCAACUGGUGGAUGACCAGAAACGCCCUGUCUGGAAAGUAUUCCGAAACCUUACAUGAGCUCCACACAAGAUAUGGGAAGUUCGUGCGAAUCGCCCCGAACCACAUUAGCAUUGCUGAUCCCAAUGCGCUAGAGGCAAGAUUGAUUGCAGUAUAUGGACACUCAAGUGGAUUACUCAAAUCCGAGUUUUAUGAUGCGUUCAAGACUGAUUCGGAGGGCGAUAUAUUUAACUCUCGAGACAAGGCUGUUCACACAAUGAAACGAAAGCGCAUUGCAAACAUAUAUAGCGCUCAAAACGUACUGGCUUUUGAACCUCGAGUACGGGGUCACAUCGAGCGAUUCUGUGCCCAGCUGGAUAUUCGAUGCGAACAGGCUCUUCAAGGCGUCUCUGGAUUUAACUGGGAAGUCAAGGAUGGGAGCGCUAUCAUCAACUGCUGUCCCCAGUUUGCUUUCCUUGCAUUCGAUCUGAUCAGCGACCUGGCCCUAGGGUUUCCGUUUGGGCUGAUUGACGCACAGAAAGACUCGACCCCGACUACUCUGUCCCUUGCUUCAAAGAGAAGCGCUCAAAGCUUACCCAUAAUACAGAUUAUUUCCCAAAGUGGGACAUUCGUCAAAUUUAUCGGUUCUUGUUCUUCACUGGUUCGAAAGUGCCUGCUUUUCUCCACGAAACUGGUUUCGUCUGCCCCCAAUCUUUUUCGAAAUAUUACCAAGGCGGCAGUUGACGCAAGGGCCAGAAAGGUUGAAAGCGGAAAAGUCGACGAAGAGGGAAGAGGCAUCGAUCUUUUGGAUAAACUCUUCGAGGUCAAAAACCAUGACGGGUCGCCUUUGUCAAAGUCUGAGAUUGACUCAGAGGCUAUGAUCACCAUUGGUGCUGGGAGCGAUACGACGAGCAACACACUUGCAGCGUUGUGCUAUUACAUUACUGCGGAUUCUAAUAUCAAGAAGAGGCUUCAAGAAGAGCUGGAUUCCAUCCGUUCUAAUGCCGGCACAGACACGAACACGCUUGAGAAAGGCCAAUCUGGUUAUAGAAUUUUCGACUUUGAGCAGGUCAAGAACCUCCCAUACCUAAACGCUUGCAUCAAAGAGACUCUUCGUCUGUACUCUACAGUGGGGACUGGCCUUCCACGUGUGGUUCCUGCAGGAAGGACAUUCACGGUUGCUGGUGAAAAUUUCAGCGAAGGAAGCGUGAUCAGUGUUCCUUCUUAUUCUACGAACCGGUCAAGUGUGUGGGGUGCUGAUCCUGAUGUAUAUCGUCCGGAACGUUGGCUGGAGGAAGGCUCCGGAUCGCUCAACAAGUACUACGUUCCCUUCUCUACAGGCCCACGGGCGUGUAUUGGUCGGAACCUGGCCAAUAUGAAUCUACUGCUGGUUUCGGCUGCGUUCUUCAGUCGAUACGAUGUCCAGUUACCCACUCCUACCACAAAGCUUGAAACCAGAGAAGGGUUCGUUCGGGAGGCAAAGAUACUUGAUGAUACUGGUCGACUUGCACUCCACCUCCGCCAUCCGACCUUGCACACACCAAGUACCGCGAUGCGCCUUCGUGUGUCGUUUUCGCCUCAUCCACCACUCCUCACGGUCAGGAAACCUAGUUUGGGCCGCCGCACUGUCAAAAGCAAUCUACCAAAAUUCAACUCCCUGCGACUUUAA